AUGAGGAUGAAAGAGAGCUUAAAAGACAGCGAAGGAAGCAGUCUAACAGGGAAUCUGCCCGUCGAUCCAGGUUGCGGAAGCAGAUCAGAAGUGAGUCGAAUCAGGAGCGAGUAUGAACAGCUUCUUGAGCAGAAUGCUUCUCUGAAGACUCUUGAAGAAUGCAUUACCGCCUCUGUUCUAUAUGAAAUAGAGAGACUUGGGGAGGCUCCUGUGCAAGAAAAUGCAAAGAACGACCAAAAUGUUGGCAACAAAGCACGACAAGCUGUGGCAAAAGAGGCAGUGCAUAGUGGUCGAUGA